AUGUUUUCUGGAGUUAAAAAAUUUAUAAACCAUCAUAAACGUAAAUUUGUUUUUGGUGGUAUUAUUAUUGGUGGUAUAUUUGUAAUAUCAAAAUAUACACAAAAAAAAAUACAAGAAUGGCAUCAACGUGAAUUACAAGAUAUGUUAUUAAGAACAAGAAGAAGUCAACAUUUUGAAGGUACUGAAAAAUCUUGUAAUCAAACAAUAACAAGUGUUUCAAGUUGUAUUAAAAAUUCAAUAUUAACAACAUUAGACAGUGAUAAAAUAAUAAAUGACCUAAAAAAUGGUACAAUUGAUAAAAUAAAUGGCUGGAACAAACUUAAAAUAUAUUCAAUUGCUAAAACAGUUACAAUUAUAUAUGCUAAAACAAUGAUUGUAGCAACAUUAAGAGUACAAGUAACACUAAUGGGAGCACAUAUGUUUAAAAAUUCACAAGUCAAUGAAAUGAUAAAUAAUCUUGAUGAUGAUAAACAACAAAAAUAUUUAACACUAUGUAGUUAUUUUGUAGAUAAUGGAAUACAAAAAUUAUGUUUAUUUAUAAAAGAUAAAGUUGAUGAUAUUGUUAAGACAGUAUCAUUGGCUGAUAAAUUAACAAUUAGAGAUUUGGAACAAAUUUAUAGAGGAAUUAUGUCAAGUAUACUUGCUGAUGAAGAAAAUAAUCCAGUUAAAAAUUUAGCAAGUUAUAUGUUUGAUUGUAAUAUUGAUGAGUCAAUUGAUGAUCCAGUACUAAAAAAAAUUAUCAAUGAGACUCUUGAUUUAAUGGAGAGUGAAGAAAUACAGCAAUUAAUGCAGUCGAGUGUUAGAAAAGGAUUUGUAUUAUUGAUUGAUCAUAUAUCAGAAUAUUUUAAUGAUACUGAUCAAAAUGGAAUAACAAAUAAAAAUUCAUUGUCCAUGAAAAAUGGAUUAUUUUCUGAUUUACUUGUUGAUUUUAAUAAAGCAACAAUGCCAAUGGCUAAAAUCAUUCCAAUAAUAAAUAGUCAAGUUAAUGAAUCAUCAAGUUGUAAUGAUAUUUCAACAGUUUGGCUACAAAAUUUAAUUGAUGAUGAUAAAUUUAAAACAUUUGGUGCCAAUAUUUAUGAAGCAUUUAGUUUUUAA